UUGGAAAUUGGAAGCCAUUCCUCGGUGAGAAGCGCAGCGAGGAGGCAGAAUACUUGCGUCGCAGGCACGAAGAAAUAUUAUUGGGGAGUUUGUUGCGGUGCGAUUAAACUUCUCACGCGAUAAUAAAUACACCAAAAAUGUUUCCAAUGAGCUCUCAAAAGAUGUACUGGAUAUUCAGCGACGAAAAUGACCUCACGGAACUUCGCGAGAAGACGAACUCCGAAUUCAUCGACAAACACGGCGUGCACGUUCCGCGCGAUCAGAGAGAAGAGCAUUUCCUAACAGCUUCGGAAGAACGGAUAUUACUCAAAUUCUAUGAAUUACAACUCCGAGACUUCUGUCGCAGAUUUGUUCCGCCCAUGCCAAGACCAACCGUAGCCACUGCGCUUCACUACUUCAAAAGAUUCUAUCUAAGGAACAGCGUUAUGGAUUACCACCCUAAGGAAAUCCUCGUUACGUGCGUCUACCUCGGCUGCAAGGUGGAGGAAUUCAAUGUCUCAAUAUCCCAGUUCGUAGCGAACAUCAAAGGAGACAGAGAAAAAGCAUCAGACAUCAUUUUAAACAACGAAUUGUUACUCAUGCAACAGCUCAACUAUAACCUGACUGUCCAUAAUCCUUUCAGACCUGUAGAGGGCUUGAUGAUCGAUAUAAAGACUAGAUGCACCGCACUUGAAAAUCCAGAGAAGCUGAGACCCCAUAUUGACGAUUUUCUCGAAAGAGUCUUUCUCACAGAUAGUAUUCUGAUUUAUGCUCCGAGUCAAAUUGCUUUGGCUGCCACCUUGCACGCAGCGUCAAGAGCUGCUGCGAAUCUCGACAAUUAUGUAACAGAUACACUGUUCUCGAGGGAACAUUUGCCAGGAAUCAUCGAGGCUGUCAGAAAAAUAAGAUCAAUGGCAAAGUGUGUUGAGCCUCCAACAAGAGAAGUAGUUCGGUCGCUCGAGAAGAAACUAGACAAGUGUCGAAAUCAAGAGAAUAAUCCAGACAGUGAAAUUUACAAACAAAGAAUGCAGGACAUGCUGGACGAGGACGAUUUACGCGAUAAUGAAAAAUACGCCAAAAUCAUUCAAGAUCAGGCAGAGCAUGACGAGAAAAUAUUGGGUGUGAGCAAAACCCUAUCUCCAUCGGCGCUGUAGCAUCGAAAGGUUUGCCACUAAGUUUCUCGAUAGACUUUAACUAAUGAAAAUAAGCAAUCUCUAAAGCGCAGGGCGCAGAGAAUUCUGUGAUAUUUCACACGUAUCAUCGUUUCAUAUUUAAUCAGUUGCACUGCUAUAUUCCACUUUUUUUUUUAUGUUAUGUCGUGUUUUCAUUUUCUUCAAGUUACGAGAAGUGAUUUGCAUAAGUUGAACUUAUACUGCAAAUCCUGAUUAAAACCUAUAUUAUUCAAUUGUAUUCGACACUGUCACUCUUAAUGUUCAAGACAAUAGUUUAACUUUUUCUAUUCCAUAUUUAAUUAUUUUGUAUGUCCAGUGACAUGUUAAAGUUGAUAAUUCCUUAAAAAUUAUAAAAUGAGUCUGGUUUCUUGAAUUUUGUACAAUUAUCCUACUUUUACAACUAGACUGUCAACGUAAAAUCUAAAAUAAAAA